UUUCUCUAUCUCGAAAAUGUUUUGCCCUAAAAACGCACACCUCUCCUCUCUCCCUUUCUCUACUUAGCCGCAAAAGCGCAUGCUCUUCUUCAGUCUAAAAAGAAUACACUUCAGUUUACUUUCUUACUCUAAAAAUUAUCCAUUCAUUUCCUCGAUUUCUCCGACAUCAAAUUUAUUCGGAAAACGUCGCCGUUUCAUCCAACUCGUUAUACUUGACUCUUGAAUCUUGACUCUGUGGUUUUCUUACAGAUCGGAAAGCAUGUGUCUUUAAGUCAUUGGAAAUGGACGCAGUCGAAUUAAAUUAUCCUGUUGCUCUUGCGGCGGCGGCGGGGGCGGCACCGGAGCUGUUUGGUGGUAGAGAUAGGGUUACGGUGAUGGAGGCGGAGGCAGAGGUGGAGCUUUGUAAUUCCUUGCUUAGUGAGAAAGAUGCAACAAGCGCAGUGAACUCUUUGGAAUCCACGCCAUUGAAUAAGGUUCCAGCUCCUGAACUUUGUCAGCAUACUAGUCAUCGGCCUAGCUUUCCUAGUGAAGAUGUGUCUAAACAGCUCCAUUUUGGCAGUGCAAAAAUUCCUUCCUGGAUUCCUAGGCAUGAAGAAGUGCAAGUGCAAAGAAAAGUAGGACAAGUGUCAAGAAGUGGUAGUGGAUGUUCUAAAAGACCACGAGUAACUUUAUUAGAAGAUACUACAGAUCCAGCUACCAUUGAUAACGCAAAAGAAGCAUGUAGUAAGCAAGUAUCACAUCCAAUCAAAUGUGAAUCUAAUGAGAAAACUCAAUCAGCAAAACAAAGGAACAACUUCAGCAGCAAACGAGGUGAUAGGAGAAAUUCUAAAGUUCUUACGAAGACUAAGUAUGAUUCCUUUUCUGUUAAGGCAAGUUUGGCGAGCUUUAGUUCAGCUGCUGCAGGAAACAACUUCUUUGGAUUAUAUGGUCUGAAGACUGAUGUUCAUGACAUCACUAAACUUGUUGAUGAUUUAUCAUUGGAUGAUCUCCUUCAAGGCAUUUAUGAGUGUCCUAAACUAGGCAAAGAUAAGGGAAAGAAAGCAACAAACACAACCGAAAGCGUUCUGCAUUCAGUUAGAAAGGCUUGCUCUAUUCUUCAGCUAACUAGAUCUGCACAGUUCCAGAAUUUUGCUGAGAUAGAUAGCUGUUCCAAUGAGAUAAUACCCACAGGCCAAACUACCUCUAUUUCUAUUGUGGGAAAUGGAGAUAAUGGUGAUUCAUCUAUGACAGAAUUAUGUUCAUAUAAUAAGGAAUCUUGCAGCAAGCGUGAAAGUUCUGCAAAUUUUCUCAAUCUCUCAUUCGAGCAACCUAAAGGUACACUGGAACGCUUGGCACUUCCUCCACCCAAGGAUUUAGAGGCUUUGCUUCUUGAUGCAGCCAAGCCUGCUGUAUCUUCAAGGAAUGCUCCUGAUCCACGCCCAGGAAAACAAGCAUCUCGUCGACCUAGUUUGCCCCCUUUUCCUUGGUCACAUACAUUUGGUGGCAAUUGUAGGACGAAUUCUGAUGCAAAUAAGCUUUUAACAAGUAGGAGCACAUGCCAAGGAAGAUGGGUGAAAUUGGGGAACACUUUCAAUUCACUUGGGAUUGUCCCUAAAUGUCUUAUAGACUUGGAGUCAUUGGCUUAUGAUGAUACCCUAGUUCCUUCAAGUGGACCAAAGCUUGCUGUCCCAGGAAAUAAUAUUGUUUCAUCUACAUUUGUUCCUCAGGGCAAUUGGGGUUCAUCAAUAUCAGAUACUUCUCUGACCCUCCCUUCCUCCCUCGGCACAGAUUUCAUUAAGGAAUCUGGAAGUGACCUGAAGAAUCAUAGAAAAGUUGGGCAAUGUCCAAGAUUGUUGGCGGCUGCUCAAACAUUGUAUGACAUUGCCACUUCUACCUCGAGGUUAAACCAAGAUGGAAUGGUAAAGUGGCCAAAGAAACCCUCACAAAAGGUUAUGAAAGCUCGCAAGUCAAAAUCAGCUGAGAAACCUGAAGAUAUAUUUGCACCCUCGACUUUAGUUAUGGGGUCUGAUCAGAUGGAAAAAAAUAGUGUCGACCAUACACUGACAUCAAAGAGACUUAAACUCUCAACAAUUGAGAACAAGAAUUAUCUCUCACAUGUGAAUGGUGUGCGAAAGGGGCCAAUAAACUGGUCUACGCCCAAAUCAAGUAGAUCAUCACCGAAUAAAUCAGUCAGAGACUCGACAGCCUGCAUUGUUAAGCAAUCAUGUAUGACUCCGCCGCCUGCUAAGGUUUUGCACAGAAGUUGCAAUGGUCAACAGAAAUUCCAUAAAUUAAUUCGAACGGAUUGGAACCGGGAAUGUGACAGGCAGGACUGAUAAAACACCAGUCAAUUGUUGUGAUUUUACAGUGCCCGCCAAACUGGGUUGAUGUACAUAGUGGGGUUGUUGUAGUUGUAGGGCUACACUGUAGGUGGGUUGGAAUUUGUUGCAGCUGUUCUUCUCGAGGGUUGAACAGUCAGAAAUGUUGUAACAUUAAGUAGACAUGUAGUUUACAGCAGAGAAAUUCUUUGCCUUGUGUAGAUCAUUGGAAAGGUAAUAGAAAUUUCAUUUCUUUCUUCA